AUGGUCCACGAGCCUUAUCUUAUUGACAAAGUCUUGGAUCUGGUCAAGGAGCAUUCUGAACGCUGGAAAGGUUGGAUAUUUGAUGGAACACAUGAAGAGGUGGAGAUCUCGUGCAAAAUACCAAACGACUGCCAUCCACUGAAACUGUUUCGUGUGUGGAUAGAUGUAGCCGCUCCACCGAAACAAGUAAUGAAUCGGAUCAUGCGCGAGAGAAACGUGUGGGACACCUCUGUGGUGAACUGGCGAACAGUCGACGUUCUGCACGUUCCGGACACCGACCUACAUCAAUAUGUGCUUAACGACACCGUCGGACAUCCAACACGAGACUGCUUUGUCGUUCGCUUCCACCGCGCAGAUAUUUCCGAGAUUCGCGGUGCCUGUGCUAUCGCCGAGCGAAGUGUGCAGUGCAGUGAAACACAGAUGCUCGGAGGCAUAUCGGCAGCGGUACUGGAUAGUCGAUUCCUAAUUGAGCCAAAGGCUGGGCACUCGAGAGUCACAUAUCUCUCCAGAGUUGAUCUCAGGUAA